GCUCCGGCGAGUGGGUGGGUGAGCGGGCACCCUGAUCGCCCCUUCCCUCUGGCCGCCGGAGUUGAAUCUGUGCUGCCCGUGUUCAGGUGCUGGGCUUCUGGACCGACACCGAACUCCCAUUCCUGCCCGCAGCCGCCUUGUCAUGCUGCCCAAAGUGGAGACCGAAGCCCUCGGACUGGCCCGAUCGCAUGGGGAACAGGGACAGAUGCCGGAAAACAUGCAAGUAUCUCAAUUUAAAAUGGUGAAUUACUCCUAUGAUGAAGAUCUUGAGGAACUAUGUCCUGUGUGUGGUGAUAAAGUAUCUGGGUACCAUUAUGGUCUCCUCACCUGUGAAAGCUGCAAGGGAUUUUUUAAGCGAACAGUCCAAAAUAAUAAAAGGUACACAUGUAUAGAAAACCAGAACUGUCAGAUUGACAAAACACAGAGAAAACGUUGUCCUUACUGCCGAUUUCAAAAAUGUCUAAGUGUCGGAAUGAAGCUAGAAGCUGUAAGGGCUGACCGAAUGCGUGGAGGAAGGAAUAAGUUUGGGCCAAUGUACAAGAGAGACAGAGCCCUGAAGCAACAGAAGAAAGCCCUCAUCCGAGCCAAUGGACUUAAGCUGGAAGCCAUGUCUCAGGUGAUCCAAGCAAUGCCCUCUGAUCUGACCAUCUCCUCUGCCAUUCAGAACAUUCAUUCUGCCUCCAAAGGCCUACCUCUGAACCAUACUGCCUUGCCUCCUACAGACUAUGACAGAAGUCCCUUUGUCACAUCCCCCAUUAGCAUGACAAUGCCACCUCAUGGCAGCCUGCAAGGUUACCAAACGUAUGGUCACUUUCCAAGCCGGGCCAUCAAGUCUGAGUACCCAGAUCCCUAUACCAGCUCGCCAGAGUCCAUCAUGGGAUACUCCUACAUGGAUGGUUACCAGACAAGCUCCCCAGCAAGCAUCCCACACCUGAUACUGGAACUUCUGAAAUGCGAGCCAGAUGAGCCUCAAGUUCAAGCCAAAAUCAUGGCCUACUUGCAGCAAGAGCAGGCAAACCGGAGCAGGCACGAGAAGUUGAGCACAUUUGGACUCAUGUGUAAAAUGGCGGACCAGACCCUCUUCUCCAUUGUCGAGUGGGCCAGGAGUAGCAUCUUCUUUAGAGAGCUUAAGGUUGAUGACCAAAUGAAGCUGCUUCAGAACUGCUGGAGUGAGCUCUUAAUCCUCGACCACAUUUACCGACAAGUGGUGCACGGGAAGGAAGGAUCCAUCUUUCUGGUUACUGGGCAACAACUGGACUACUCCAUCAUAGCCUCCCAAGCCGGGGCCACGCUCAACAACCUCAUGAGCCAUGCGCAGGAGCUCGUGGUGAGACUUCGCUCCCUACAGUUCGAUCAACGAGAGUUUGUGUGUUUGAAAUUCUUGGUGCUCUUUAGUUUAGACGUCAAAAACCUUGAGAACUUCCAGCUGGUGGAAGGCGUCCAGGAGCAGGUCAACGCCGCGCUGCUGGACUACACGAUGUGCAACUACCCACAGCAGACGGAGAAAUUCGGGCAGCUGCUUCUUCGACUACCAGAAAUCCGUGCAAUCAGCAUGCAGGCCGAAGAAUACCUCUACUAUAAGCACCUGAACGGGGAUGUGCCCUAUAAUAACCUGCUCAUUGAAAUGUUGCAUGCAAAAAGAGCGUAAGUUACAGCCCCUAGGAGCUUGUUCUUGGGACAAAAAUAAGACUGGAGGGAGGGGGAAGAAGAAUUAAAAAAUACUCUGAACUGCUCCAAGCAACACUCAUGAAAAACUUGGUGAAAGAUACUGAAUUUAAAAAGGUAUAAAAAUCAAAUACUUACUAGCAAAUAAGUGAUGUAUCAGGGUAUUUGUUUUGCAAACUGUGAAUCAAAGGCUUCACAUCCCCAAAGGAUUCCUAUGAGAGACACUGUCGUGGGACGGACUGAACUCACAGACGGAUUCCAACACUGUCAGUACGAACAUGGACAGAAUGAUUCUGUACAUUCAGCCUGAUCUCUGCUAUGAAGAAAUUUAGGAAAUAACCUGUGUUGUUAAUUGGACUUGUCCCAUGGGGAAUUUGAGCUUACAGAAUUCCUCCAGGGUGCAGCUGAACUACAAUUCCCACAAUGCCUGGGCUGCACCUGUGGCAGCCCCUCCCUCUUCCUCAGAAGGCCUGGCACCUGCCCUGUGAUCAUGGACUCUGUGCCAUGCAUCUGUGUUCAGCCACACCCAGUAGUAGCUUCACUAAAUCAUGAAUUCUGAAUGUCUGUGUCCUAGACCUGCAAACAGCUAAUAAGAACAGUGUAUAAAUAUGUCAGCUUGCCAUUUUAAAUAUGUUCUGAUUUGUUUUGUCGUGUGUUCAUAAUUUAAAAAAAAGAGCAGGCACUAUCCCUCUUCUAUCUUAUAUAAGCAUUAACUAAUAUUAAGGGAGAUGGCUACCAAUUUUUUAAGCAAAUGCUCCAUCACAAGCAAGCUAAAUCUUGUUUCUGCCACUGUUGCUAAAAUGUGGCUUUAGCAUGGUUGGAUUUUAUAAGAAUUCCUGGCCAAAAGGCUUGCUAGUAUACAUCCGUCAUUUUAGUCAUCCAGGGUUGUAGUUCACUUACAAAUAAAACACUAAGCAUCUUUUUGCUGAGAUGUCAAAUAGUUACAGUCUAAGUCGUUGCAAAGUCACAGCAUUUUAAGCAGAAUGGAAAGGAAGGGCGAGCUGAGAAAUCAAUUGACUCAUGGUUCAUUGUAGUUACAUCAAGCAACUCCUAUACUUGGCACAGAAAUAUCAAGUUUUACAUAGGGUCUGGAAAGAUAGAAAAGUGAUUCAAAUCUUCCACAAAGGAGAAAGGAAGAGAGCAAUACUGACCUUUCUAAGUCACAGUUCAAAGUCCGCUAGAGAACAAAUAUUGGAGGACAAAGAUUGCAAACGAGCUCUCCAAACAAUGCUGUCAGUAUUAUUAACAUGCAAUGGCACAGGUAUGGAAGUCUGGCCUUACUUCACAAUACCAAAAUGUAGCUGGGCAGAUGUGGAUCAACAUUUGUUUAAAAUAAAGUAUUAAUACUUUAAAGUCAAAUAAAACAUAGUGUUUACAUUCCUUAGGUCCUGGGGGUGGGGGGAGCUGUGAUAUUACAAAAUAGCAAAAGCAGUAACUUCUUUAAUGUUAUU